GGUUCUCAACUCUGCCGCCCUCUUCCAGCGGGCUCUUUCCUUCGCUCUCCCUCCCACGCCCUCCCCUCCCCUCCCCUCCCUCUCUCUCUCUCUCUUUGCCCGCCGCCUGGAAUGAAGAUGGUGGCGAGCGUCCGAGUGCAGAAGCUGGUUCGCCGGUACAAGCUGGCGAUCGCCACGGCUCUGGCUAUUCUGCUCAUCCAGGGCCUGGUGGUGUGGAGUUUCAGCAGCCUGGAGGAGGACGAUCAGGGAGAGAUUCAGCAAAGGAAGCCCCAGCUUCUUGAAAACAGUGAUGGGUCAAAGGAUUCGGACAGUUCUGCAGGCCGGCGAGGCAGUUUAAACAGGAAGCACGAAAGGUGGAAGAAUCCUGGUAUGCUGGUUGCCAAAGUGGUGAGGACUGUCACAGUGAAGCAUCAACCGAGUCUCAAGCUGCCAGUCUAUUUGGAUACUUCCAGUCGAAAGAACUGGACGCAGCUUAGAAAGGAUGCCCAACUGGCCAUGUUCCAGCACGGAGACACCGGCAGUGUGGAAGGGGCCCCACAGCCUACCGAGAACAACUUCACUCCCAAGUGUGAAAUCACAGGCAAAGAUGCGCUGUCUGCGUUAGCCAGAGCUAGCAGUAAGCAGUGUCAGCAGGAGAUUGCCAAUGUGGUAUGCCUGCACCAAGCUGGAAACCUGAUGCCACGGUCAGUACCCCGGCAGUGCCAGCUCUCAGGGAAGGUUAGUCCUGUGAUCCAAUGGGAUGAGAGCAAAAUGGUCCAGGCCUCCGUGGACAAGCCAGUUCGAAUUGCAUACAUGCUUGUGGUUCAUGGGAGAGCCAUCCGCCAGCUGAAGCGCCUCAUUAAGGCUGUGUAUCACCAGCAGCAUUUCUUUUACAUACAUGUGGACAAGCGUUCUACGUACCUGCACCGUGAAGUGAAGGAUCUGGCCCAGCAUUACCCUAACAUCUUGGUUACCCCCUGGCGCAUGGUCACAAUCUGGGGUGGGGCCAGCUUGCUGAAGAUGUACCUGCGCAGCAUGAAGGACCUGCUGGAGGUGACAGAUUGGGCCUGGGACUAUUUCAUCAAUUUGAGUGCCACCGACUAUCCCACCAGGACCAAUGAGGAGCUGGUGACAUUCCUAUCAAAAUAUCGGGACAAGAAUUUUUUGAAGUCUCAUGGACGAGAUAAUGCUAGGUUCAUCAAGAAGCAGGGCCUAGACAGACUUUUCCAUGAAUGCGACACACAUAUGUGGCGACUGGGUGAACGGCAGAUCCCAGAGGGUAUCGUGGUGGAUGGCGGCUCAGACUGGUUUGCCCUAACGCGCAGUUUUGUGGAAUAUGUGGUGUACACCAGCGAUCAAUUGGUCUCCCAGCUGCAACAAUUCUACACAUACACACUUCUCCCAGCAGAGUCCUUUUUCCACACUGUCUUGGAGAACAGCCAUGCCUGUGACACCUUGGUAGACAACAACCUCCGGGUGACAAACUGGAACCGCAAGCUGGGCUGCAAGUGCCAAUAUAAGCACAUAGUUGAUUGGUGCGGAUGUUCCCCAAAUGACUUCAAACCACAGGACUUCUUGAGACUGCAGCAACUCUCCAGACCUACAUUUUUUGCCAGGAAGUUUGAGUCCACCAUCAACCAGGAGGUGCUGGAAAUCUUGGACACUCAUCUCUAUGGUAACUACCCACCUAACACGCCAGCCCUCAAGGCCUAUUGGGAGAGUGUCUAUGACCGUGUGGAUGGGCUGAGUGGGUUCAGCGACGUCACCCUGACUGUGUACACAUCCUUCUCCAGGCUGGGGCUACAGAAAAUGACCUCUGCGCCAGCCCAGAAAAAAGACAGGCCAUGCAGGUUUGAACCACAGGGUUUUCCAUCCAGUGUCCACUUGUAUUUUUAUGACGACCAUUUCCAGGGCUAUUUGGUGACUCAAGAAGUUCAGAACUCUGCAACUCAACAGGUGGAGUUUCUAGAAAUAUGGAUGAUGCCCCGUGGGACUCUCAAAUUAGCUGCUAGUGGCAAAUCAGCCAACCGUUUGCAGAAUCUUGAGGUAGGUACUGAGUGGGACCCCAAAGAGAGGAUCUUCCGCAAUUUUGGUGGGCUGAUCGGGCCUUUCGACGAACCAGUGGCUAUGCAGAAAUGGGCACGGGGACCCAACCUCACGGCCACCAUAGUUUGGAUUGACCCCACCUAUAUCAUUGCUACGUCCUAUGAUAUCACAGUAGAUGCAGACGCAGAAUACACACAGUACAAACCGCCUCUCAAUCGGCCCCUCCGCCCAGGUGCCUGGACCAUCCGCCUUUUCCAUUUCUGGGAGCCCUUGGGUGAGAGCCAGUUCCUAGUGGUUCCCCAGACCUUCAAUCACAAGCAGCCUCUCCGGAAAGAUGAUGGCAAGUGGCUCCAUGCUGGUCCUCCCCGGAAUGAGUACAUGGAGCAAAAUUUCCAGGGCCUGGCUGGGAUCCUGAACCUUCCCCAUUUAGAUGAAAUGGGGCGAGCUUCCCAGCAGCACACGCAGCUCUUUGGCCAUGCUCUAGAGAACUGGACAGACAGCAGCAUCAGCAGUUUCUGGUCGGUAGCUGGACUCUGUAUGGCGAACCCUUCUAGCUGCUCGCCCUUGGAGCUUUGUAACAAAACCUCUUGGAGUUCACUGUCCCCGGACCCCAAAUCAGAACUGGGGACUAUCAAGCCUGAUGGACGGCUGAGGUAGCAGGGGCAGCCGGCAGCACAUUCUUGGGAUCAAGGAAGCAUCACCCCAAGGAGGGCAUGGGGUGAGGGGGGUAUGAACCCCUCCUCUCUGCAGGGAAAACUCUUUAUGACUUCAGCCUGUGAAAAUGCACCAUUGUCACAUGGGACAAACACGAGGACAGAAACUUUUUGCCGUGGCAGGCUCAGUGGUGCAAAAUCGGCAGAGCAGAAUUCCCCACCACCAUUCUCAGGAUUUGCUGGAAAGAAGCAAAGGCAAGGAAGAGGAGCAACAUAUUUAUAAACCAACGGAGCAACGGAAACGUUCUUGACUGACAGAUUUGACUCUUAGCUCCCUAGCUCCAGCGCACCUGGGCCAGCGGGAUCUCAUCAAUCAUGGAGUACGCUCUGCAAGAUCAGGACUCUCUGUUCCCAAAUGGUUGCUGGCAAAGCAUUCUGGGAAAUGACAGGAUGGAGUUGAGGAAUACAGGAAGCCAGCUGCUUGACAGACCUGUUUUCCAUCUUCUUCUUCCUCCAUCCUUUUGGUUCUUAUUUUUUUUUCUUUUCUUUUUUUAAAAAAGUGCAUGUGUAUAUAUAAGACAAAAGUGCAAUAUAGACCACAGUCAUCUUACCUCUCUCCCUCUUCUGCUUCAGUGUUUCCAUUCUCUUCUCCAACCUGUUGUCUUGAUGUUUUAUAGGGUAUAAAACAAAAUUGAGGGCCCUCCUAGGCGUGCUGGGUGGUUGGAUCUUGCUGCUAAGAUUUGAAAGGUUUUUUUUCUUCUUCUUGAGGGAGGCAAAAUGGAAAUGAGCUCCCCUUUCUAGCCUUACAAGCAAAACAGGAGCUGGGCCUUUCUGGCCAAUGUGCCAAGCUCCCCUUUUAAUGGAACUGCCAGCGGUGCCAUAUCCAAUGUACCCACUAAUGCCUGUUGUGAGGUAUCUCAAGCCUUGCCGUCUCCGCUGUCUUUCCUCUUCCAGUGUGAAUUCUGGCUAUGGCUAUAUAUUGGUAGAGCUAGGCCAGGGGUGGGCAAAUGGGGCUCUUUUACAACCUGUGGAUUUCAACUCCCAGAAUUCCUGAGUCAGCUUGGCAGGAAUUCUGGGAGUUGAAGUCCACAGGUUGUAAAAGAGCCCCAUUUGCCCACCCCUGAGCUAGGCUAAUGUCCCUGAGUGUUCUUUCUAAAGGGUCUCAAUUCAUCUGAAGCAAAGCAUUCUAUAUCUUUCCAUUUGCCUCUUUUCAAUGGAUUACUGGGCAUCUGCUAACUCCUUUUACCUUCCUUGGAUUCCCCUAACCUGUUUGCUCUCAUCCUUUCCAUGGUGACUUCUGUGUUGUUUCAUUUUUCCUUAAUUUUCCGUUAACGCUUAAGCUUGUCAGGUUCAGACAAUACUGUGUCCUACACAUGUUUACAUGUCCUCACCCUGUCCUCUACUGGAAAAGCUGUCCCUUUAAGAGCUGUAGCUCCUUCAGCCAAAAACAGAUUUCCCAUCCUCAGAGAGUGAUGCUGUUCUGUACUGAAUGUUGUCCAAUGUCUAAACAUAUUUCUUGGUCUGAUCUGCUCUUUCAGAUGCAUCCCAGAAAACUGAGUGAACCACCCCCAGUUGAACUGGGGCCAACAGUGUCUGAGCUUGUCUUUUCCUAAUGGCUAUUGGAGGAGGGGAAGUAUUAAGAAAUUAUUAAAUUAUUAAAUAUUCCAAAUUAUUCUUUGGAAUAUUUUUAAUGUGUGCCAUAUCAGAAUAUACUGGUCAGGGGUGGAGAGCUGAUCUCUUCCCAAAUGGUUGAGUUCCAGCUUUCAUAAGAGACUGCUAACAUGGCCAGGGGUUAAGAAUGAUGGAAGCUGUAGUCUGCCAUUGGGAGAACAACAUGGGCACUUAAAUGAUUUCAUGUAGAGUGGAGUUAUGAGUGCCUGUGAAAAGGGAUUUUAGAAUGGGCCUAUCCCCCACUCUCCAUCUCCAGCUGAAGUUCUGAAGCAACUUCAGAAAGGUUUUAAAAGGACUCUGGUCUCAGGUUUUGAUCCAAGCUUUUCAAAACCUGCAGGUGGUUAACUUCCUGGAUCAAAAGCGUAGAUGACCGGGGUUGUUUGGUUUUAAAAAUACCCUUCCGUUUUAAAGUCUGCACUGAUGUAAAAAGAAACAAAGCAAAUGGAAAUGCUCGUUGAUGAGGUAUGGCAGAACAACAACACAAUUGGUUAGGAUCAGUUCCGCCACACGUAGCAUAGACUGUGGGGCUGGGGAAAGAGUAGUACCUCAACCUGGAAAAGGGACUCCCAAAGUUUCUUCCGUGUACUGUGCUGAAAGAGGAAUAACUAGGCAAAGCGUCAGCUGCAACCCUUUCCAAAGAAUGAGUGCUGAAAAAUGUGGUGUCAGAGCAUUAUGUAAAGUUGUCUUAUAUAUGCAACACAAAUAUAUCUACGGUAUAUCUCUA